AUGUCGCACACAAAGGAACUGCCUCAACAAGAUACUUCUGAACAUCGAUACAACAAAAUAACACGAUACCUGGAAAUGCUUCAUCUGCACCCUUUGGCCAAUUUGACUGUGGAUGAGGCUUGCGCCGUGCGCGACCUCAUCAAGUCUGCCCACAGCAACGCAGUAAUCGAAUUCCGGGAAAUUGGUAUGCGAGAACCUUCGAAACAGGAACUCGUGCCGUUUCUCGAGCUUGAGAACAGUGGAAAACUGACCCAGAGUACACUGUACCCGCUCAGACUGGCGUACUGCCAUUAUGACACUGUAGGCCCUGACAAGAUUCCUGUCUACCGAGAAGCGGUCGUCGACAUCGCGGCACGCCAAGUCAUCCAGAGCGAAAUCGUCAGUAAGACGUUUCACGCCAGCCUAACCUUAGCCGAAUUCGAGACCGCGAUUCGUAUCAUUCAUGAAUCGACCAUGUACAAGGAGGCCUUGGCUGAGCUGGAACUGCCGGUCUAUAUCGAGCCUAUCGUUGAGCCCUGGCCUUAUGGGGCUCUAGAAACAGAUGAUAAGCCUGGUAGAUAUUUCCAAGGUGUCAUCUACGGCAAAGACACUCGAAGCGGCAAUGCUGACACGAAUUUCUACGCCUUCCCAAUUCCUUUGCUGCCCAUUGUCGACUACUACAGGCAAAAGGUUGUACGUGUCAUCAAGCUUGCUACCGGCGGGAUAGGCGACAGCCUCUCGGCUACUCCAAUUGAGAAGAACGUGCUCGAUCACUGUACUCCUGCGGAAUAUGCGCCAGAAUUGAUACCCAACGGUACCCGCAGAGAUUUCAAGAGCUUGGACGUCACUCAGCCCAGCGGGCCAUCCUUCAAGGUCACGGAUGAGUCCCUUGUUGAGUGGCAGAAAUGGCGGUUUAGGGUGGGCUGGACUUCUAGAGAGGGGGCAGUCAUUCACGACGUUCGCUACGAUGGCCGAAGCCUGUUUCACCGCCUUUCUAUCAGCGAGAUGUAUUUCGAUGCGUUUGUUGUAAAGCCCGACGGGCAAGUCGAGCGCCAACCGAACGUCAUAUGCUUGCACGAACAAGAUAAUGGCAUUGGUUGGAAGCACACCAAUUGGAGAACUGGACGUGCUGUAGUCACCCGGAAUCGUGAGCUUGUCGUUCAAUUCAUUCUCACGCUGGCAAAUUAUGAGUAUAUCUUCGCCUACAAGUUCAAUCUCGCCGGCGGCAUUGACAUCGAAGUCCGCGCAACUGGAAUAGUCAGCUGCGUCAAUAUUGACGCGGGUAAGGCCAGCGAGUACGGUAACAUUGUCAAUCCGGGCGUUCUUGCCCAAAACCAUCAGCAUAUUUUUGCUGUCCGCAUUGAUCCUGCUAUCGAUGGACACCGCAACACUCUUAUUCAAGAGGAAUCACUGCAAGUCAUGAUGAACGAGAAAACAAACCCGAGCGGUAAUUUCUACCAGGUCGUUAACAAGGUCAUCAAGCAGUCUUCAUGGGCGGAUGCUAUGCCCAUGAAUAAUCGCAUUUUCAAAAUUGUCAACCCGUCGAAGAAGAAUCCUACGAGUGGCAAGCCAGUAGGAUACAAGCUUAUCACGCCGCCAACUCAACUCCUCCUUGCGGACCCUGACUCAAAACAAGCGAAGCGGGCCAAAUUCGCGCAGCAUCAUGUCUGGGUAACCAAGUAUAGGGAUGGGGAGCUCUGGGCGGCUGGCAAGUAUCCGUUCCAGAGCGACGCGGAAGUUGGCGGCGUUCACGAAAUGGUGGCGCGCGGUGAUGAUAUUGAGAACGAGGAUAUCGUAGUGUGGUCUGUUUUUUGCCUAACACACAACCCUCGAGUUGAGGACUGGCCGGUGAUGCCGGUUGAGACUCAUCACGUCCAGCUCAGGCCGAGUGAUUUUUUCACUGGAAACCCCAGCAUUGACGUGCCGAGUGUUGCGAACAACACCAGCCAACUCGUGGGUCCAAUUACAUGCUGUUAG